GACGAACGAAACAUUCUCAGUCCUCCGUUGCACACUGAACUCUCUCUCUCUCUCUCUCUCUCUCUCUCUCUCUCUCUCUCUCCUUUCCUUUCCUAUCUUAUCCCUAUCACACACAAACAGAAUCGAUCGAACUCAGAUCCCCUGCGGUUCAUAAUGGACAAGCGCGCAGCUGCGAGAAACCCACACGCUUCCACCGCCGAUCUCCUCACCUGGUCGGAGGUUCCUCGCCCCGAUUCCCCGGCGACCCCUCGCUCCGCUACCCGCUCCUCCCAUCAGCCGUCGGAUAAAAUCAGCAAGGUGGUGUUCGGAGGCCAGGUCACCGACGAGGAAGCUCAGUCUCUCUCCAGCGCGAAGCCAUGUUCAGGGUAUAAGCUGAAGGAAAUGACUGGUAGUCGCAUUUUUGGAGCUGAAGGCACCGCAGAUGAUGCAUCUGAAACAAAUCCUACUAACCCUAAUGCCAGAACCACAGUUCGUAUAGUUCAGCAAGCCACAAAUGGGAUCAGCCAAAUCUCGUUUGGCACGGAAGAGACAGUCUCUCCCAAGAAGCCUAAUUCUAUAGCUGAAGUGGCUAAGCAACGUGAGCUGAGUGGAACUUUACAAACCGAUUCUGAUUCGAAGAACAAGAAGCAGAUAUCGAAUGCGAAAAUCAAGGAGAUCAGUGGACAUGAUAUCUUUGCACCUCCACAAGAGCCAGCUCCCCGAUCGGUGCAUGUUGCACGCUCCCUGGAGUCCAGGGAGAACAACAAGGACAUUGGUGAACCUGCUCCCCGGACCAUUCGCACUUCUGUCAAAGUGUCUAAUCCUGCUGGUGGCCAGAGCAAUAUACUAUUUGGCGAAGACCCAGUGGUGAAGACAACAAAGAAGAUACACAACCAGAAGUUUCAGGAGCUAACAGGAAACAACAUAUUCAAGGGAGAUGUUCCACCUGGAUCAGCUGAGAAGACAAUAAGCACAGCCAAACUUAGAGAGAUCAGUGGCAACAACAUCUUUGCUGACGGAAAGGCAGAAUCCAGGGACUACUUCGGUGGUGUUCGCAAACCCCCAGGUGGCGAGAGCAGCAUUUCACUCAUAUAA